AAUUUUCGUCAGUGUGUCAUUGGCAGUGGCACGGGAUAGUUAUUGAGACUCGUCCAACGCGGUCUCCUUCACUCCCACCUCGGCGGAAGAAGUGGUAAAAGCAGCCACUGAGACUUCUGACUGGUGAUUUACACUCUUACUAAGCAACAAUGUCGGUGAUUGGAAUCGAUUUCGGGAACGACGGGUGUUAUAUUGCCGUAGCGAGACAGGGCGGCAUCGAGACCAUCACGAAUGACUAUAGUUUACGCUCCACACCAGCAUGUGUCGCUUUUGGGGAAAAGAACCGCAUUCUGGGUGUCGCUGCCAAAAACCAGAUGACCACCAACAUGAAGAAUACUGUGUAUGGAUUCAAGCGUCUAUUAGGCAGACACUUCAGGGACCCAAAAGUGCAGGCUGAAAUUGCUCCAUUUCCUUACAAGACUGUUGAAUUACCAGAUCGAAGUGUUGGCAUUGCUGUACGAUACUUAAAUGAAGAACAGACAUUUUCAGCUUUACAAGUUACAUCCAUGCUUUUCACGAAGUUAAAACUAACAGCAGAACAAGCUCUUGGCAUCAAGGUUAACGAUGUUGUUAUUGGGGUUCCAUGCUACUUUACUGAUGCUGAACGCCGUGCCGUUUUGGAAGCCGCAGUCAUCUCUGGCCUCAACGUCCUCCGACUGAUGAACGAGACCACUGCCACAGCCCUGGCCUACGGUAUCUACAAGCAGGACCUUCCAGCACCCGAGGAGAAGCCAAGAAAUGUGGUCUUCGUAGACUGUGGUCAUUCAAAUCUUCAGGUGUCUGCAGUUGCAUUUAAUAAAGGAAAGCUCAAGAUGCUUGCAACAGCAGCUGAUUCUGAUCUUGGUGGAAGGCAGAUUGACCAUCUAUUAGCCACCUACUUCGCUAAUGACUUCAAGACUAGAUACAAGGUAGAUGCAACAACCAGUCCCCGUGCAUGGGUCAGGCUCCUGACUGAAGUUGAGAAACUGAAAAAGCAAAUGUCAGCAAACUCUACAGAUCUUCCUAUUAACAUUGAGUGUUUCAUGGAUGAUAAGGAUGUUAGUGGUAAACUAAAUAGGACUGCCAUGGAAAGCAUGGCUGAGUCGCUGUUCAAUCGUGUUGAGAUCACGCUGCAGACAUGCCUGGCUGAUUCCAACCUUAGGCUAGAUGACAUCUAUGGGGUUGAAGUUGUUGGCGGAUCAACCCGUAUCCCAGCCAUUAAGCAGUUGAUUGAAAAAGUGUUUAGGAAAACCGCCUCGACUACACUCAACCAAGAUGAAGCAGUGGCAAGAGGAUGUGCACUGCAGUGUGCAAUGCUCUCCCCUGCUUUUAAGGUGCGAGAAUUCUCAAUAACAGACGUGCAGCCAUACAGUAUUCGAUUAGUUUGGCAGGAUGAGUCUGGCCAGGAAGGUGAUAUGGAAGUGUUCCCAAAGAAUCAUCAGGUACCAUUCUCUAAGAUGCUGACCUUCUACCGCCGGGAACCAUUCACACUUCAGGCUCAGUACACUGACCCCGCCUCUUUCCCAGAUCCUAUUAUUGGCAAUUAUACGAUACAGAAAAUCGCUCCAGGACCAGAGGGAGAGUGCCAAAAGGUUAAGGUGAAAGUCAGGGUCAAUUUGCAUGGUCUCUUCACCAUAGCUUCAGCAACACUGACUGAGAAGAAGGAGGCAGUGGAGGAACCUGCAGAAACUAUGGAAACAGAGGAAAAACAGAAGAAUUCUGGGGAAGGUGAUGCAGCAGCUCAAGGAUCAGAGAAUCAGAAAACCCCAGAACAGGAAGGUGCUCCGGAUCAGAAAAUGGAUACUGACAAACAAGCAGAAGGAGCAGCACCAGCAAAGAAUGAAGGUGGGGAGAAGAAGGUCAAGAAUGUCAUGAAAACUGUAGAGCUUCCCAUCAAUGAAGUCAAUAAGUCGCAUAGUGCCACUGACAUGAACAAUUUGGUGGAGAGAGAAGCUCAGAUGGUCCAGGGAGAUAAGCUAGAGAAUGAACGAAUUAAUGCUAAGAAUGCUGUGGAAGAAUAUGUGUAUGACAUUAGGAGUCGUAUUUAUGAAGAAUUGGAAAAGUAUAUUAGUGAAGGCGAUAGAGAGAAGUUAGGCCGUAUGUUGGAAGAUACCGAGAAUUGGCUCUAUGAAGAUGGUGAAGACUGCAAGAAGCAAGUCUACUUGGAUAAAUUAACAGAACUAAAGAAACAUGGUGAGCCGAUCAAGGACAGGAAGCGAGAACGAGAAGAUCUCCCCAGGGCAUUUGAAAGCCUAUUGAGUUCCAUUCAGCUGGCACGCAAGGCAACAGAACAGUUCCGUAAUGGAGAGGAGAAGUAUAGUCAUCUUGAAGCAGCUCAGGUGGAAAAGGUUGAGAAGGCAAUUACUGAGAAGCAAGAAUGGGUAGACAAAAAUAUGGGAGCAUCUGUAUCGACUCCUCUGCAUGUAAACUUGCCAAUUUCUGCCAAUCAAGUCAAGUCAGAGAAGGGAACCUUUGAAGCUUUGGUUAAUCCAAUUAUUAACAAGCCAAAGCCCAAACCAAAGGUGGAGGAACCACCCCCAGCAGAGAAGAAAGAAGGAGAGGAGGACAAGAAUGCGGGAGAACAGACUAAUGGCCCUAAGAACAAUGAGCAGCAGCAGUCCAGUGAAAAGCCAACAGAACCAAUGGAUGUUGAUUAAUGCGAUAUCAUGGAUAUGGGAAGUUACAGGGAUUAGCAAAGGCUGCUCUUCUGCAGUACUGCCCGAGAAGAAAUGUGUUGACGUCAAGACAUGGGAUUCCCUGAAUAAUGCUUUGUUUGUAAUGUUUUGUUUGAUAAGUUGCAGGGUUACCUUCCAUUUACGAACAGUAUAGCAUUGACAACAGCACCUAAUCUCAUCAUUUCAAAUCUUGAUCUUAAUCACCGCUUAAUUCUUAGUGUGAACAUAAGGUCAUACUAUGUCAAGUAGAGUAGAAAUUGCAGAUCAUGAAAUACCAAUUGAUUACGAUGUCAAUGUCAUGAGGGUAUGUACCACUGCUUGAAUUGAAUUAGGCAUUGGCCUAGGGCUUUAUGUCCAGGUAUAGUUUUUUUUUUUCCUCUCUCUCUUUUUAUAUAUAUUUUUUUCCUCAAACUUUUUAUGUAUUGAGGGAUUCUGGUGAUACAAUGUGCCCCUGUCCAUAGUAACUGGUAGGUGUAGCAAUGACUUUAUAAAGUAUAGCACAUAGUUAAGUUAGUAGAGUGGAUGUCAUAGCAAUGACUAUGUCAGAAGAAGCAUUAUUAAUAUUUGUACAUAAUCAUACCCUCUGCUAGACAUAGAUCUCUAACUUCAUAUUGAAGUUUUUCUUCUUUUUUUGAGUCAGGAUCAAUUAAGUUGUCAGUCUACGGUAUCAGGCUUCUCAUGUAUUGCUGUAUGUGUAAAAUCAUCUCAUUGUCUGAUUUGAAAGCUCAUGUUCUUCAAGCAAGAAAGAUUUAUUCAAUAAGACUGUCCAGUAAAGCAUUGGAGUUUUAUUUCUUUGUCUUUGUCCAUGAGAUCAGUGAAGAUUUUCUUUUUUUUUAAAUUUUUAUUUUACAUUUCCAAUUUUGUUUGAUACUUCAUAAGAUUUAUUUAACAGUGAUGUUGAAGUGGAAAAGUCCUGCUAGUAAAGAGCAUAUUAGUUUUCACUACACAAGUUAAAGGAAAGAGAGUGAGUUACAAGGCCUCACUGAUCACUUGCUGUAAUCAUUCCACUGUAUCUGCUUCUGUGAAUGACUGUCUCAAAUAGUAAGGAUAAACCAACUUCAUCAACUGAGUCUCAUUACGACCUUUUCUUUCACCAGUGGUAGAUAGGGGGUUGGGAAAGUAACAUAAAACAUCUAUAAAAGCAGAGAAAAGAAGAGGGUGUAUAAGACGUGUCACCAGGAUUUGUUUCUUUAGUGAAGUGUUUGAUUUGUUGUUAUAAAGCUCCUUCUGUGCCAUCAGUUAUCAUGUCUAAAUUGAAUAGUAAAAUCUAAAGAAUUACUACAAUAUGGUUUGAAUGGAAGUUAAGAUUUGGAGAGACGCUAUAGAAGAUGGUCUGCAAGUAUGACAAUACUACUAAACUUAAUAUGCUUGGUAUGUAAAAUAAAAAAUCAGGUAUAAACAUUUGUAGAGGUUUGAUUAAAAUUAUCCCUUAAUUUCUUUAUUUUUUUUUUUGCUGCACUGAUUAAAGACAUUUUUAUUGUUAUUCACAAAAUAGAAUGUGGGUGUAAUCUUGUUAAAAUCUGAAAUUGCCUGCUUUUACAAGAUUCUUUAUGCAAAUGAAUAUUUUCCACUAGAAAUUGUACAAUAGUUGGACUUGAAUGUGUAAUAAUAAAAAGGCUUAAGAUCAAGCUGAACUUAAGUAAACGCUGAA